AUGGAACCAUUUAUUCAGCUGACUUAUGCCAAGAAAUGUCCUAAACAGUUCUUACAGCCAGCAGAAACAUCAUUUAUCGAUAAAAGUUGUGUUAGCAAGCAUUUUUGGCUAGAUUUGUUGGAAGCGAAAUGUCUUGGAGGUUCGUAUCUUUGUUUUAUAUGUUGAACUCGUUCGGCACUAAAGUUUUCUACACUGCAGGAAGAGAUUUAGGGCCGCUGUUUCUCCCUAUCUUAAUGGUGUUCUCUAUCUAAGGGAUCUCCGAAAGCUGCAAAAUUACCUUUUCAAACUGUGUCGAGAGGUCGUUAUAAACUGACAGCUAUGUUUAAUGUGCAAAUGCUAAAACUUGUCAUCCAGCCUCCGCCACUGGUUUUAAUUUAGUGUAGUAACCUUAAAACUUGACGGCCAUGGAACAGAAUUUUGAACCAUGAGCUUCCGUGAGAGGGGUUUUAUUUUGGCUAAUUGUGGUUGCGUUUGUGUACAUUGUGAUACAUGCAUAUCUUGCUGUUGUAUCCAGGUACAACAUGUAAAAGAAAGUAAAUACUUCGUAGUAGAAAAGGUAGACUCUAAUAUUGUUGCAUCAUCCUUUAAAUAUUAUUAUCAAUGAGAACAAGAUUGUUCUUGUUAAGAUACUUCUCAGAUGCUUAGAUAAUUUUGAAAUUCGUGCUUUAUAAAGCAAAUUUACCCUUAUUGUCAACGUGUUAUAGCAUGAGAAUUUUUGUUCCCCUGAAACAUUUUUUUUCAUUUGAAGUGGUAUAUUCCAUGAAAAUAAGUGACCUUCAUGUUCAUGUACCACUAUAGAGCUUCAAAGGUUUACAUUUCAAUAAUUCUUUCAAAUCUAUGUUUUCAUUCAUCACCAUUUAAGAAUUUACUCUGCUAAAGAAAUGACAAUUUUUUUACUCUACCCUUCAUUAUGUACUGUAAUAAUAUCAAGCAUGAGACGCAGUGUUUCAUCAACAGAUGAAACACUGAGAAGAGAGUUGAAAAUAGGAUGCGCAGCGGAUUAUUUUUGACGAACUUCGACGUGUUUCAUCUGGUGUUGAAACAGUGUGUCGAAAACUUGAUAUUACUCCUCAAACAAAAUGAUUUUAGAAGGAGAAAUUAAGGAUGCAAAAAUAAGCAGUUUUUCAUCUGAUUUUCUAACACUCAUUGAACAUUAAUUUCCUUUGUAUUGUCUUGAUGACUUAUUAACGAGUUUGAGAAGCUUUUAUCACUGAAUUGCAAAGAAUUCUAUGUGUACAUGUAAUUGCCCCGGGUGAACCUGGGGUUAUUUAAUGCAAUAUAUGUAGCUGUACAUUAAUUGUUUCUAGCACCUCCAAUUUCCCCUAUUAACCAUCUACUACCUCUGGGAGAACAGAUCACAUUUAAGUAGAGGCUGUUUGACCUACAAGUCUUCUUAAAAGUGCCAAAGUUAGAUUUUAGAAUGUCUGGCAACUACAAUGACGUUCUCGGCAUUUCCUUUGAACCUCAUAGAAAGAUAGUGUAAGAUCAACUUCCACGAUCAUUGGUUUUUUCACCUACACUGUAGGGGUAUAAUUUAAUAUUGUGUACUGUAAGAACCCAAACAAAGAUUCGAUAAAUCAACCGAAGAUAUAGAAAACUGCAUUAUAGGAUAGAACUGUGUUCUUUAAUCAAAGCUGAUGUCUGCAGCAUUAUUUUUGGUAAAAAGUUUUGUCAUAUGCUUCCUAUUUGUGCACAGAAGUUCUCACAGAAGUUUUUUUCUUGUUUGUGAACAUGCCUUAUUCAGAGUUUUUUAACCCUCUACUGAGACAAGACACCUGUCUCUGGGAACAAGGCUGUGGUCUCUCAUGAGGGUGGUACGUACAUGUAUGUUACAGGCCAAAUUUUAAUUCAGGUUGAAAUUUUUUCGCCUACAAUCGGCGACAAAAUAGUUGAGGCAUUGUACUCAAUUAGGGUACAGAGAGUAACUAUAGAGAGCAAAAGAAUCCACACCCCUCCCCCUCCCCUUCAUUCAAAGUUGUGGUGUUUGUUGUUUUCUAUAGGUAGCUUGGGAAAAAAAGCUUUAUUUUCCCCUCUGGAAGUCAGUAAAGAGUCAGAAAGCUCUUUUAGGGCAGUGUCUCGACUAAUUUUGUGGCCAAUUGUACAGCUGUAGGUUGGUUCUCAAUUCCCUUUGUCUGUUAGCCCUAAUUACACUGUUUUCAUGAAUUAGGGCUAGAAGACAAAGGAAAUUGAGAAUCAAACCAGAUUAAAAACAAAAAAUCAAUCAUAACCUGAAUUUAAUUUUGACCUUAGUGGUAGGUUAUCAUGCCAUGUGCCAAGUGGUAGCUUGGGAUGGGAGAUGUUCAUGGGUUGCUCCAAAAAGUGGAGAAAUGAUUCCUUCCAACUUCAACUGGGAAAACUCUUUUACUAUAUACAUGUAGGUGGUGUACUGUUUGAGAAAUGGUUGCUCAUGAGGAUCAAACUGUAUUCAUUUGUUAAUAAUACUGUCUUUCAGGGCUUGGUGAGAUCAGUGAAAGUUUACUGAGAGAUCGGAAUCUAACACCAGCAGACUUUCUUGAUGGACCAUUAGAGACACUGAAAUCUUCACAAGAGGAUUGCGAUGUCUAUUGUGCAAGCCCCAGUCCUGUCAAAUGUAAUGAGUUCAAAACUCCUCUGACAUCCAGAUAUAGCAACAAGGCUUCAGUGACUCCAUCUUUGUUCUCUCAAGAUGAAUCUGUUCAUCUUACCCCAGUCUUAAGUGAGUGCCUUGUUCAAAGCUUCUUAUGCACAAUGUAAAGUGUAUUAAUUAAUGCAAAAUUUUAAUUAACAGAUGUGUAUUAUUAUUGAUUAUGGAGGUUAUGCUCUUCUGGCCUGUUUGGGUGACCAGUGAAAAUCCAUGUUUUACCUCAUCUUGUUGUCUUUGAAUCAUAACAUGAAUUAUUUGUGAAUGUGACAAAAUAAAUGCUUUGGAGUGUUAAAAAAGAUGUAGAUGUAUAGUACAUGUCAUACUGCAUAUCUUGAGCAUUGACUCUGGAAAGUACAUUUAAGGUGAUUCACUGGUUUUGCAUUGCGCAUCUCUUACUGCGCAUAACAAGAUGGCCGCCGUAAAAAAGAGCAUAUUUGAAGUAACCCUAUUAAAAUGAAGUUGACUGAAGAGAAACGCUUCUGGAAUUUAUGCUUGCGGUUGUUUCUUGCUGAGGUGAGACUCAAUGUGCUGGGAAUGGGCAUAACGUAAGCAGUACGCGUGUUGCUGAGUUCGACUUCCUCACGGAGAACCUCGAUAGUGGAGGUUAAACUUUUGCUUACUCACUUUGAUUUCAUUUAAACGCUUUUUAUAUCACCUUGUGUCCUAAACGAGCUAUCUGGAUGUAAAUUCUGUAAAAACAGAUUUUUUAAUACUUUCUUUCCCAUUUCACAUAUAUGCCAUUUUGAAAUUUGCCCCAGUCCUCUCUCAAAAAUGGGAGAAAAUGCGUUUGGUGCACACUUUCUGCAGCUCUACCGCGAAAACGAGUAUAGUGACCCCAAUUUUUUAUUUCAUGAUAUUAUUAAAUAAGGACAGUUCUUCCUUUCGAUGAGAAAAAAAUUGGCACAAAUCUAUGUUGAGUUUUUUGGCAAUUUUACUAAAUUGUACGAAUUGAGCUAUCACGGGUCGAAUAGCACGCAUCCAAUUUAAUUCUACUUUGGAGUGUAAAGUAAAAACAAGGGCAUUAAAAGGCAUUUUUCUGGAACGUAAGCGGAUAAGCAAUACAUUAAAGUCAAAUUCCAAAUUCUGUGCUUUACCGCAUGCAUCAUUGAAAAAAUCUCUCCUUUUUGUCUAGUUUUGGGGUGCGCGUGAAACUAGACAAAGGGUCCUGAAUAGCCGUAUUUGUCAGCAUUGUGAUGUGAAAAUGAGCACGGUGACCCCCACUUUUUAUUACUUUGUUAUUAUCUUCUUGACUUGUUACAUCAGUGUACCAAGUUUGAUCUACAGUCUAUGUUAGGUUCUUUUACUAAGGAAUCACCUUACAAGUAUUAGGUCAAACAAUGGUUUAAACUGUACAUAAUGUAUUCGUUUUGUUUUUUUGAAAGGCUUAAAGUGUAAUAUACGAACACAUUCACCACUUACUUUUGAUGAAGACACAGAGUUGGUUCCUGGAAGUCCAGCAAGCCCUCUUGACACUCUUUCUAGACACUCCAGUGGCUGUGACUGGUCUAAAAGAAGAACAAAGACCCCUGACUUGUUAGCAGAAAUAAUGGUAAAAUGAUUAUGGUUUUUGCUCAGUCAUGGACUAUGAGUGACCCCAUAUGAGCUGGGCUUUCAUUAAGAAGCGGGAGCCAGGGAUUUUCCUGGGCUACUAUGAAUGUGCCCGCCAGCCUUUUUCAUAGGAAAAUAGAGGAAACAUAGCACUAAAAGAAAUCCCUAGCUGUUUUAUUCCUUGUCUACAUGUACUUGUUGUAUUUACAUGGCAACUUAAGACAAAAUCCAUUAGGAAAUUGAGUAAUUUUAAUUUUCAUAGGACAAAAACCGUGUACCAGAAUAAUUUAAAGAAUAUCGCUUUCUUUUUUAGACUUUUCAAGGGCUAUAGAUAUGAUGAGUUAUCUGUAAUAACACCAAAGACAGUUUCUUAUGGGAUCCCGAGAAAAUAAAUGUCAAACUUCACAAGAAUUGUGAAAACACAGGUAAAAUUCUGAAAAUUUCAUGUAUAAGAUAAAUGAUUUGACAUUUAUUUUCUUGAGCUCCCAUAAGAAUUUUCUUUGGUGUUAUUACAGAUUACUAAGUACAUCUAUAGCCCUUGAAAAAUAUUUAAAAAAAUGCAAUAUGCUAUAAAUUAUUUUGGUACAAGAUUUUUUCCUACUGAAAGUUAAAAUUACUCAAUUUCCUGGUGGAUUCCGUCUUAAAAUCUUAGUGACAUUCCUGUAUGAGUCGCUAGGAGGCAGUGUGGCCGAGUAGUUAGAGCAUUGGACUUGCAAUUCAGAGGCCCUGAGUUCAAGUCCUGCUCUGACCAUUAGCUGGAUUUGUUCACAGUAGUCUUGAGUUCAAAUCCUCCGCCAUGUUUGUAAAUAGCCAGCUGGUUUGCCUCUGGCUAGGUGGAAUUCUUUAACCUGUUAGCUUAAUUGAAAUUAUUACAUUUGUUUCAGGCAUUUUCACGCCCCACUAGCAUUAGUGCUAUAAAUUCUGCUGUGGUAAACAAAGGACAUUAUUUUUUUAUUUUAUUAUUUUAUGUUCAGUAAUACCCUGUGUAGAACAACUUCUUUUUGUUAACCGAAAAAGGUUCUAAUGAUAAUUAUUAGAACCUUUUAAGUUAUAAAGCUACAAUAUCAUUAUAUUAUUAUUGAUUAUAAUUGACAGUGCAGGCGAUUCAAGCUUUUAGUCCUAUAGUCUCUCUACUUUGCCCCCCUUCCUUUGAAAUAUCCAAAUUUAUUUAGUGUUUCCUCUCUAAAAAGCAGAUUCCCUAAAUUGCCACAAUUUGAUUUGUUACACUUAACAGUGACCACUGUGUAGACAACGAACCUUGUACUGAAUUUAUUAACGUUAACUUGCAGAUUGCUAACUCUGUACAUGUAAGUGGAAUAGGACACUUCUAAAGCAGACUAUCAAAAACGUCUCGGUUUCUAAUAGGCACAUGCCUAGUAACUUUUUACUGAUAAUCUUCCUUUUUAUUUCCUCGCCACCUCUUAUUGCCUUGAUUCUUUUUGUAAAAAUAAUAUUCGAUUUUCGUUCAUGACCAAAUGGUGCGCUACGGAUGGAUAUUCGGUUUCCGUGUUUUGCCUUAUAGCACCUCAAUACACUGUACGUUUCUUUUGUCGGAAUUACAGUGCAAAUGUAGUAAGCUGUAUGUUUUACUAUAACUAUUAAGAAAAUCCUCGUGCGCUUCUUAGUUGUCUAAGAGUUUACUGACAAUAAUCGAGCAACUCUUUGUGCGCUGAUUGGUCGAGAGCUACGGUGUACGAGAGUAUACAUGUAUACAUGUAGACCACGGAAAUGACACAACGACUGCGUAAUCCGCUUGUUUAUCUCUGCCUCCCGCCCGUGAUUUUUCCAAGAAACUUCGCCAGAAAUGGACGUUAAAACUGUCAAUGUAGUGUUAUAGUACAAAAAACAAAUCGACAGUAAUUUUUUAAGGUCUACAUAGACCAUAGAAAUGCCAUCAAAAUGUUCAAAAUUCAUUUGGAACCGCGAACCGCAGGCGAGUGUUUUUACUACAAAAUAGACAAUAAAAAAUUGUUGUUUAUGGGUGAGGAUCAUUCCCUUAAGUGACCAACAGCAAUUUCUCCCAAUACAUAACGCAGAGAAACGGUUGCUAGAAUUAACAGGAUGAUAACUUAAGGGAAAAUUCCCAGGCCCCGGUUGUUCAAACGUUGGAUAGCGCUAUCCACCGGAUAAAUUACAUGUACUAUCCAGCGGAUAAGUAUUGGGGAAACCAAUUGCGCUAUCCACUGGAUAGAGACUUAUUCGGUGGAUAGCGCUGUCCAGCCUUUGAACAUCCGAGGCCUGACCUUUUAUCAGAUUCUCUCCACAAUUUCCUAAAAGAAUCCUCAAAGGGACGAGCGCGACCAGCUCCAGUUAUGGAGACGUCUGUUAUUGAAGGAAAAUUGAAAGUUGAGUGACGGCGGUGUUGCCCCAGACAGAACAAUAAUAUCGUCUCUAAACUUUUUUUUUCAAAUUGUAUGAUAGAAUCACUUGUAAACAACAAAAAAACAAAACAAACAAACAAAUAAACAGCAACAAACACAGUAACGAAAACACAAAACCUGUCAUUUUCAACACGCGCACGCUUGUCAGGAUGCGUGUUUUUUUUUUUCCAAAAGUGCGAGUAUUGGUUUUCAGAUUCAUCUGAAGUUUUUAAUCAUUAGCACCGUGAGAUCCGGAUAAUAAACAUUAUUACCUAGAUAUCUGUAUCCCGAAUUCUUUCCUUAAGUGGUAAUUAAAAGAUUUGAUCCUUUAUUCUCGGCGUGCAUGAAAAUGUGUACAUAUCGUAUAUAUUUUAAGCUUCUUGUUACGUUCUUAUCACGCCAAUUACAUGUGUAGACGUUCUUUUUGCCAGUCUUGAACGCUUCGAUUGUGGUAAAACGAAAUUUAAGGUGAAAUCUGACCAACUGAAAAUACUAAGUCGGGCAAAUCAUUUUGCAUGUUAUUGCGUCUACUUUUAAAGGAAACAAUAAUUAUUAUGAAGUCCUAAAUAGGCAUUGGCGCCAUUUCACCUUUUGUGGUGCUUACAUUCCGCGCUAAUACUGCGGUCGAAUUUUUAAGGUUUAUUCUUAUUUAUUUGUUUUCGAGGGGGCUGUGAGAAUAAUUUGUUAUAAUUAAAACUCGCGUGAAGGAAAAUGUUAUCGGUAGUAAUAAUAAUGAUAUUAUAUAUAAAAAAAUCAGUGACACAAUUUAAUAUUUUCCUGCAUUUCAAUUAUUUUGUGACAUUUUAUUUUGGAAUUCUUCUCAUUUUUUGCUAGGAAUAAUUGAAAAAUGAAUGCUGUAUGACUCUUUAAAGAGACAUGAGGUUAUUAAACUUAUGUCCCUUUGACUGAAGUCAAUGUAUUUUUACAUAAUCUUUAGUUGCUCUGUAGAUCUGUAAUGGUCAUUUUUAUGCUCUGUUUAUGCAUAACGUCUCAGCUUUUCAGUAGUCAAUAAUAUUGCUUUUUUUAUUGGCAAAGACUUACCUAGAUGACAACCGCUUUGCACUGAGCUAGCUUACAUUAAAAGCGUAAGUUCUGCAGCGGAAAAGAAAAAAAAAAAAAAAAAAAGAAAGUUCAUAUAAGAAACAGCAGGAGUGUACGGGAUAAGUUUGCGUUGUCUCGGUUAAUUCUCGAGUAUCUGUUACCUUGGAAAUUCGUUCUUGCAAGAAAGAAGUAAUGUUCCGCUUGAUUUCUUUCUUCCAGGGGCAGAGGAGAAGUUCACUUUAUUGCCUUCUAGCGGGAAGUGAAGAUGACGAACCUGCGGAGUGGUCGGAUUCAAUGGCAACCCCACCACUGAAGAUCGUAUCACCAUCAACAGCUGCGGGUAGGCGAGUCUGCUUUGAAGUUUUAAUGAUCCCUGAUAUAAAUUCAACUCGCCAUUAACCGGAGACUAAACUUUGAAAAACAUCAAUAGCCAACAGUACGGAGACAAUACUUCUAUGAACAGUUACGCUUAGUUUGCUUAUCUGUGAUUUGCGAACCAUUUGUUCAUUAUCAUUGAAGUAAUUCCCCAAAGAGCGAGCUCGGUUUUUCGCACGAACUGGUGAAGUAAGAAUUUAACAUUUUCUGUAGAUCUCAUCGACGGGUUAUGUAGCAGACCUUUUUACCCCUGUUGUGAUAAUUACUUUCUUAGAGCUUUAGCAUAACUUUAAAGUGAAAUGGAGUAUUUUGUUUCCUCGAGGAGUUCGCUUUCAACUGAGAGAUUAUAAAUAAUAAAUAAGUUAGCGAAAAAAACGGGCGAUGUAGCAACGUAUUUUUUUUUUUGUAUGAGCGUUAAGAGGAAAACGAGAAAGACACAUUUCUACCAUCUAUUAAUUCUGAAAGGAUAUUAGCUUAUCUUUUCCUUCUCUUGUCAGAUUAUUGACCAAUCAUUUAUUAACUUGGGACUUGGCUUAAUUUGUAAAUGUUAAGGUUUCUUGCAAGAAAACCCCGAGGCGGUUAUGUGUUGUGUGCCAUAUAUUAUUCAUGUUGUUUGGACGAAGCUUUUAGCGGCUUUCUAGAGCAGGGCGAAAAGCAUAUUUUAUUUAGUUCUGUUUUGAAAUUACAUGCCUAAUGUUAAUUUAUGAUAAGAAGCGCUAAUUCUCAUUUUUAUUUUCACCGAAGAUUGAGGAUUCUCAACGGUUUACACAACGUUUUUGACCUAAAACUCACUGUUAGUUUUAGAAGGAGUCAGACCUUGACUGAAUAACAUCUCUACGAAUUGAAUAAUAUAAUUGGGUUAAACACUUUUUUUUGUCCAUUGGACGGUGAUUUAACCGGUUGAUACCUCUCCAUCUUUCCAACCUUUUGUCAGGAUUUCCUCCCUUUAGCUCGUAACCAGAUUCUCCACGUGUGCAAAAAAAGUGGUAUUGGAGAGAGUUAAACUUGAAAAUUUCCCUAUCUUCCCCUUCAAUUGUCAUCUGUCAAAAUGUCAUAGACGCAGUCAUAUGUCGUGUUUUGAAAUCCUAAGAAGACUUUUAAGUGAUAACAAUCUUGUACAGCACUGAAACAUCAACCAAUAACUGCUUCUCAACCAUCAGCUUUAAUUUAUUUUAAUGGAUAAAUUUUAAAAUUCUAUCCAUUCUGACACAGCCAUUAGUAAAUAGGCCAGAAAUUCAGAGGAACCAAGCUGCAAAUAACAAUCGGUCAUCGCGGACAUGUUCGACUAAAAUUCCGUUGGCCAAUGACGAAAUCAUGACUGAGGUUAGUCGUGGUCGGACAUUAAGUCUGAACAGAAUUAAUACCAAUAACUAUUACCUUGCCGCAGACGUGCAAACUCUACCUAGAGAUACUAAGGGAAUAAUAUUAAAGAAGUGAAUGUACAGCUGCAAUCAGUAAUCACCCUUCAAUCACGCAUGUCUCAUGCCCAUUUUUUCGUUAAAGACGCGUAAUGCGUCCUUGUUCGAGCCCGACCGCAUUUUUUGUCCGAACAAAAAAGCAUCGCUUAGUCGGACAUAUAUCCUUUGAAGAAAGAAAAAAUAAAUAUAUUUGCAGAAUUGGAACUUUAUUUAGACGCUUUUGGCUGAACUUAUUGCGUAAUUAGUGUAAUCUUUUAUAUGGAAUUAACCUACAAUGUAAGAAAUCGCUUCUUUAGGUAUAAUUGCCUCUCUUCAUCUGAAAUAAUAGCUAACAAGCAUUUUCCGCCCGGUUCAGAUAUCAUACUUCACAUGAGCCGAAUCGAAUUCAAAUUUUGGCCCCUUCAAAUUAAUUUAUCCUGCUGAAUUGAUUAAGUGGCCGACAUUUAUACAAGCCGAACUAAACUGAAAAAGAGAAAAAACGAAAGGCGCAUUUCAGUAAACUACAUUAAAAAUUUGCUGCAUUUGGUUCUGUUCAGUCAUUUGAUGUUCAGUGUCUCAAUCAACGCUGGUCAACAGCCGUUUUUACCAGCUGAGCCAGCCGUGAAGAACGACUGAGCCGAUGCAAAUUCUAUUAGCCGUUUCCGAAUCGAUUCGGAUGCUGUACUUCUCGUGAUCGUAAUUCAUUGAAUUCGAUUAGGCUCAUGUGAUUAUUAAAUCCCCUUCUGCAUCGAUGUUCUGAAAUACGAUCGCUUGCGUGAACGCUCUCCCAACAGUGGCAACAAGCAUGAUCCGGUAGAAUCUUUAACAGGAGGCUCGAACCUUAACCUUUCAUAGCACAAAUAAGGGCGCAAGAGAGCACGGUACCAUUCAAACAAUACUGACAUUCGAAGUUUAGUUUAGAGUACGAUUUUCUCUCAGUCUCUUCGAUUAGAGAAAGUUCGAAGAGUGAGUAGAUUACACAAUAUUAUAAACGAUGCCUAGAAUUUGCCAGAAACGCAGCUCGUGUCCUCGUGAGAGGUGAUUUCCUGCACGUUUCCGUGUAUUUCACUUAUUUUCGCUUGUUAGAGACAAGGAAAACAAACAAAAACUCGUUUGCCAGAUAUCUGGCUCUUAGUGUUAAUACGUAAGCUUACUGUCUUUUUAAAGGUUUUCCUUUCAUGCAUUUGGGGAGGAUUGGGUUCAAGAUUAGGCCCGAAUUGACUAUCAUCAAAAAUCUCCUCCGAUAUUCAAUAUAGAUUCCCAAAUGGUCGUUGAACUGUAGCAAAAAGUCCGUUAAUUUAUAAAGUGCAGUUUGUUUUCAUUAGCGGGUUCUGCUCUUGCAGUUGAUGACAAAAAAAGUUCUUAACGAUUGUGCCGUUGGCGUUGUUAAAUUCUAUAUUAGGAACAUGUUUGUCGACCAUACAUGUACCUUUGAGAUAUUUUACGCGGCACGUAUUAAUUUAGUUGUCUCUGUUGAAAACGUUUUGAACUGAGCACUGUUUUUUAAAAAUUUAUUAUAUUUCCGGCGCGUUCUGUCCAAUUACUCAAGCAUUCAGUCAUUACCUUUUAUUUCCUUUCUUUUCCCCUUUUCCCGAAGAUGAUGUUGUGUCUAGGGUUAAAAAGUAAUUGCGUUUCAAUUUUCCAUUUCUCAAAUCUUUUUGGCAUCUAAGUUUAAUUAUUUCAACUCGUACCUCUCUGCUUGUGAUUGACAUGAGCUUAAUUUGGACUAAGAUUAAAAAUCGCCUCGCACAUUUCAAAGGUACAAUCAAUCUUUUUUCGCUCACAGUUUUAAAGAAGCUGUGUCGCGAAUAUAGUCAUAAUCUAAACAGUGGAAACUGCCACCAAAUUGAGUGAAACAUUAAAAUAACCGCUCCAAACGUUAAAAGAAGGUAUGAAUAACACAGGAAAUAAAAAAGGAGGCACUGAUGGACAAACUUGUAGAAGAAAAUUGAAAAGGACUGCAAUUGUGGUUUUUGAAAACUUGCUUGCCAAACAGUUUUUCCGGCAAAGUUCAUUUCUGCCGUUUGUAAUGACUGAAAUAAUGUUUGGGAAACAUAUCUGCUUGACACAAAGUUGUAUUUUGUUAUUCACAAGUGAUUUCUGAAGUUUCAAAGUGAAUAAGGACGUGAAGUUGGUAUUUUAAGCAAAAUGAACAAGCCAUCCGUGACAUCGCCCCUUUAACCCUGUGUAGCAAGCUUGCAAAAUGACACCUAUAAAUGGUACGGGAUGUUUUAUGUCCCGAAAACCCACACUCCACGAUUACGGUGUUUUCAUUUAUAGGAGAAAGAAAAAACUUGCAAAAUGCACAACCUCAUCACGCCCUUUUACUUGCACUUGUAGAGGAACCCGAUGGUCAAAAAAAUGCUGAUGAAGAAACAACCACACAGGAAGGGCAACCCACGUCUAAGGUGAGCUGAAACAUAUUUUUCUUAUGUUGGAAUUCUUUCCCAUGUAAGAUCUCUCGAUCAUUUUAUGUUAGACGUGGAGGAAGAAAAAAAUACCAGUAACUGUCUUAUUACAGCUCCAACUGUCUCAUUACUUUGGCAUGACUCAUACUGUCCUAUCAUUCUCUCGUAUUAAUGUUGAUAUCAGAUGCCGAUAACCAAUCAGAUAUCACACGAGAAUGCAUUUUGCCCUUUAUGUUUGAAGGAAGAAAAAUAGCUUCGCUCUUUAUGUUUGAAGGAAAAAAAAUAACUUCUUUUUAUUAGGCAGAAGUUAUAUAGAGACCAAGGCCUGCAGACAGCCCAUCUCACUCUACAUGUACCUUAAGUACAGAAUUCCAUGUGGCAAUUUGACAAACCAUUAAAAUUCCAAUAUUAUUUUGUAAGUUUGUUCGAGCGGAAAGGGCGGUUUUAAAACUCGAGCCUACCCAAGAGUUGUAAUUUUUGCUGAAGAAAUCACAUGACUGCUCUGAAACUCCAGGGUAAACUGUUUUGUUAAGAAUACUUAGAGGCGUUAAAAUCGAGGUUUUCGAAACCUCGAUUGUACAGUACAUUAGGUACUGCAUAUGCACAUAUGCCUUUAUAUGUAAAUAUUAACGGAGUUGAUAUUUACAUAUAAAGAAACACCAUCUGCACACAGUCAUAGCUGUGGCCUGGAAUAAAUAGCGGUCAUAAAUAAAAGAGAGAAAAAAGUGAAACGCAGAAUGAAAUAGAAUGGAUAUUUCUUUUUGCAGUGUAUUGCCCGAGCUCUUUUCUCUAGUAUCAGCAUAAAUCAAUCAGUAGAACCACUGGAGACGUCCUUAGAUGCCACCGUUAAAGACAACCAGUCGUUAAAUCCUCACGAUGCAGCGGGUAACUUUUUUGGUACGGUUCAAAAAGGAAAGGUAGCGAAUGACUCAUCUACAAUUCAGGAAUACUUGCUUGAGUAUUCAAGUCGAGACGAGUCAACUUACCUGGAUCCUGAAAUCUCUCAAAACCUUGCUGACAAGUCUUUGGUGGCUUCACCACUCGUGAAAAAACGUUGUCGGUCUGACACAGACUUUGAUGCUGGAUCACCUGUUAAUCAACGCCCAUUACAAUCGCCACGUUCAAAAGGCCUUCUCUCACCCUCCACACGGGCUGCCCUUUCGAUUCUCGCCCAAUCCACACCCAAACCCAGCAUUUCAAACACUACCAGAUCUGAUGCAAUGAAUGAUGACUUGAAUCUGCCACGUGACACGCACCUGUUAGCUGAGUCGUCCAGCCUGUCCUGUCUGAAGGAGCAAGUCCAGGGUGAGUGUGAUGUCACUUCUCGGUCAGCAGAGGCACGCUGCAGUCUUGACACCUCAGAUUUAUCUUUUGGAUCCCCGUCAAGGUCUUUUGAAGCAGCUAUGGCUCGUGAGACAGACAAGAUUUGUGGUGGAGAGGAGAGAAAUUCGCGAUCUUCUGGACGAGGUAGUUGUGCAAUACCUUUUUUUGUUCUAAAAAGGCUUCUAUCAGUGCGUUUAGAAUGGCGAACACUUAACAUUAAAUAAUGGGUAAUAAUUAACUGAAUAAUAGUAAAAAAAAAAAACAAAAACUCCAGUCGAAUUUAUCAUUCAUAUUCUGAACGGAAAACGUAAUGUAAACCUUCGUAUACGGCAGUAAGUUACAUUGAAGUUUUGACAUAUUAGGACACCUCAAAGUUCGAGCUGUUCUAUGCCACACAGAGAAUCGUGGAGGCCGUGACCUUACUUGCCAGCUGGGUCCUUCAUGGAAACAAAAAUGAGAUAUACUUUUGGCCGUUCCACUCCAUUUAUCUCUCCCAACGUAGCUCUGACUUCAGUUUGUAUUGUCUUCCCAGGGUCCUCACUGUCGCCAAUCACGAACAACCAUUCGUUUCAUACUGACGUUGCCUUUAACAAGACUGCAAGAGAUGAACUUACAGAACACCCUGAAAGCCGACCAAUUGCCACAGGAGGCGACUCGGCAAUACUAAGGAAUGAAACUAAUGAUUUUGCAGCGGGAACAGUAAUGGACCAAGGGAUUGAAGCUAAAGGAUGUACAAUUGAACACGUCCGUGAAGCCUUGUCUAGAAACCGAAUCAAUCCGACUGCUGAGACCGCCACGCCUCGAUCAUCCGCAAGUGAUUCCUGUAAACGUUUCAGAAGUUCUUCGUGCAUAGCUUCUGGGUUAAGGCGAUCCAGCAGACCAAAACGGUUCUUGUACCCAACUUCAAGCCACGUAACGAAAUCAGACGAAGGGAAGCGUUCCAGGGAAACUACCGUAGCUGUUGACAGCUUGUCAUCUGCGAGAAAAGAUAAGGCAACUGCAAUAGAGAAACCCUUUCAGGAAAGAGUCAACGAUGGAACAGACAACGGUGCUACCGAUGAAAAAACAGUAACGAAAAAACUUAAAGUUGACGAGAUUUGCGAGCCUGACAGAUAUACCGCCGUUGUGCCUUCUGUCAAUGACGCUGGUAAAGACAGUGAUAAAGAGACAGAAUCGACCAUGAGUGAAGCAAAGACAUCUUUAACAUUUGAGGUUUAUGAACGUAAUGGAACAAGUAAAACCGAUGAUGUUCUUUUCGAUAUGGACGCACUGAGCCAGUUCCCAGUAGAAACUCUAUUGUCACCUCCUCAUGCAAAUUGUGCUAAAGAUAGCUUGAAUGUCUUGAGUUGCUCAUCCCCUAAGCCUGAAAUGAAUGUUACCUAUACGAUUGAAAGCACGGAGAGAGGUUCUAGUAUUGGAAAGAGGGAUCUAAGUUUUCAUAGCAGUGAAAGAGACAAAUGCGUCUCAGACUCUCUGAUCGAAUUUACUCAUGCGAAGGCAUGGGGAAUGGCGCCUGUAAACAGAGAAAGCGAAAGAGAGCAUUCAGUCACCUCAUUACGCGAGCAAACACCAUUUGUAAACAGUGAGCAUUCUUGCUACCGAGGGAAUGGACUCGUAGAAUGUGAAUUGCAGCAACUUGGAGCGGGCGAAGAAAUCAGUUCUUACAUCAAGAAGCAAACGUCAUCAUCGGUCCCUGCGGAGUUUCUUGGCUUUUCAACGGCUAGCGGUAAACAGGUCCAUGUCUCUGAAGCCGCAUUCAGAAAGGCGAGGAAAACAUUACUAGAAAUCGGUACUGAGUUAAAUCUAAACCGCAGUGUUCCAACUACAAAAGGGGUCGAAUCUUGCGACGGCAGAGCUACAAACAAACAAAGGACCUCAGAGAGGGACGGUGAUGGCACUCUCCCUGAUUGCCAGAAAUUGCCUUUUAAAGGGGCGGGAAAUAUUGUGGCGACCACAUCAACGAUCACUUUGGAUGGCAUGAAGAAACGAAAGCGCGAGGAAUUGCCAUGUGUUGUCCUUUGUACUGCUUCAGCCAUUGCAAAUGAAAACGAUGACUUGCAAAACGUUGACGAGGUUAAAACUAAACAAACCGAUGACUAUAAUGACUCGCUACUUGAGGACUUACUGAAUGACUGCAAGCGAAAGCGGCGAGAUUCCUUAAAGACGGUAACAGAAGAAAACCAAAGAAUUAAAAUGGUCGCUGAGGUAAAAAACCCUACUCCUGAUUCCAACGGUCCACAAUUUUUGAGAGGAAGCAUUGGAGGUCAUGACGGUUUUAACACUCAAUGCCCUAAGUCAGCCCCUAUAUCAGAGGCAGCCGUAUUUAACAGUACAACUUUAGUAACUGAUAAUAAUCUGAGUAGCGAAGGUCAAAGCUCAGGUGGGUUUCUUAAUAUUCCAAUCACAGCCGUUAAAACUAAAAAGAAUUCUUUAUUUGCUGGUAAGUGCAAGAAUGAGGACAACAUUUGUGAAAUGCAUUUGAAAGACUCGUCAGAGGAAAACUGUGAUAAAGUGAGGGAGACGUCUUCAUUGGUUUCAAACGUAGGUCGCUUUCACUCCGCUAGCGAAAAUAAUAUUAAUAAUGGUAUUCCUGCUCUCCAAACUGCCUCCGAAAAGAACUUACAGCUGGCUGAAGAAGCCUUAAAUAAAGUAGCAAGUAUAAUGCAUCAGGUUGACAGUUGUGAUGAACGAAAUGUUUGGAAUGAUGAGGAAAAUGGAGACCCUUUAUCAUUAGAAAAAGCAACGUUUCCUACACGCCAAGAGUUAUCAGAGCAGGGAAAUGCGAAAAAGAAAGAAAAUAUAAUUAAAUUUGGAGGUUUUCAAACAGCCUCUGGGAAGAAGUUAAUGCUGUCAUCGGAAGCACUGCAGAAAGGGGUUGAAAUAAUGCAACAGAUAGACAAAUCCCUCCAAACUCCCGAAAAGGAAGACAGUAAAUUGUCCAGUGAGUCAAUGAAUAACAGAGCGAAGACAACGCAAGGUACUGAAACAUGUCUUGAAGGAGGGAAAAGAAUUAGUGCUUCAUAUCAUCCCAUUUCAACUGCUAUGGAUGAUGAAUUUUCUAAGGAAGAAAAUGCCACAAGUAUUUCUGGCUUUCAAACUGCAAGUGGAAAGAGGGUUACAUUGUCAAACGAAGCCCUACAGAAGACUGUAUCGAUUAUGAAGCAGAUAGAAAAAUCUCCCACGAAAGGCAACUGUGCCCCUUAUUCAAAGCGUACCGGUGGUUUUUCGGGCUUCCAGACCGCCAGUGGUAUCAGCGGUAUAAUGGCAAGAGAGGCGAUGGAAAAAUGGGAGAUGAUUAUGCAGGAGAUUGCAAAAUCUUUUGAUGAAAGCAAGUUCCAUACAACAUCUUGUCAAAGUGGUAAAACAAGUUUUGCUGGCUUUCAAACAGCAAGUGGGCAAAGAGUUACAUUUUCUAAAGAAGCACUCGAGAAAGGCACAGUAAUAAUGCAGCAGACUGACAGAUCUCUUGCAGAGAGCAAGGACGAUAAUGCAUCUUGGCAAAGAAGUAAAACAGGUUUCUCUGGCUUUCAAACGGCAAGUGGGCAAAAAGUUACAUUUUCGGAAGAAGCACUUAAGAAAGGCACAGCAAUAAUGCAGCAGAUUGACAGAUCUCUUGCAGAAAGCAAGGAGAAUACCGCAUGUUGGCAAAGCAGUAAUACAGGUUUCUCUGGCUUUCAAACGGCAAGUGGGCAGAAAGUUACAUUGACGGAAGAAGCACUUGAGAAAGGUACAGCAAUAAUGCAGCAGAUUGACAGAUCUCUUGCAGAAAGCAAGGAGAAUACCGCAUGUUGGCAAAGCAGUAAUACAGGUUUCUCUGGCUUUCAAACGGCAAGUGGGCAGAAAAUUGCAUUGACGGAAGAAACACUUGACAAAGGUACAGCAAUAAUACAGCAGACUGACAAAUCUCUUGAAGAAAGCAAGGUCAAUAUCGCCUCUUGUCAAAGGAGUAAAGCAAGUUUCUCUGGCUUUCAAACGGCUAGUGGGCAAAAAGUUACAUUUUCUAAAGAAGCACUUGAGAAAGGGACAGCAAUAAUGCAGCAGAUUGUCAAAUCUCUUGAAGAAAGCAAGGCCAAUCCCACAUCUUGUCAAAGGACUAAAACAAGUUUCUCUGGCUUUCAAACGGCAAGUGGACAAAGAGUUACAUUCUCGGAAAAAGCACUUGAGAAAGGGACAGCAAUAAUGCAGCAAAUUGACAAAUCUCUUGAAGAAAGCAAGGCCAAUACCGCGUCUUGUCAAAGGAAUAAAACAAGUUUCUCUGGCUUUCAAACGACAAGUGGGCAAAAAGUUAUAUUUUCUAAAGAAUUACUUGAGAAAGGUACAGCAAUAAUACAGCAGAUUGUCAAAUCUCUUGAAGAAAGCAAGACCAAUCCCACAUCUUGUCAAAGGACUAAAACAAGUUUCUCUGGCUUUCAAACGGCAAGUGGACAAAGAGUUACAUUCUCGGAAAAAGCACUUGAGAAAGGGACAGCAAUAAUGCAGCAAAUUGACAAAUCUCUUGAAGAAAGCAAGGCCAAUCCCACAUCUUGUCAAAGGACUAAAACAAGUUUCUCUGGCUUUCAAACGGCAAGUGGACAAAGAGUUACAUUCUCGGAAAAAGCACUUGAGAAAGGGGCAGCAAUAAUGCAGCAAAUUGACAAAUGUCUUGAAGAAAGCAAGGUCAAUACCGCAUCUUGUCAAAGGAGUAAAACAGUUUUCUCUGGCUUUCAAACGGCAAGCGGACGGAGUGUUGAACUUUCUAAAGAAGCACUUGAUAAAGGUACGGUAAUAAUGAAGCAGAUUGACAAAUCUCUUGAAUGGAGUACUAAAAGCAAUGCUGUAUCUUCACGACUGAGCAGAAGCGGUUUUAUUUCUGAGUUUCAACCUGAAAGUAGACUGAGCGCUGAACAGUCUGGCGAAACUUUGGAGAAGGCAGCGAAGUUAGUGAAUCUAACUGACAAAACAUUUGGAGAGAAAGUUGACAAAGGUCAGCCUUGCACGACUAGUCGGUCUACUUUCUCUGGCUUUCAAACUGCGGCUGGUAAAUCGGUACAAAUCUCUGAUUCGGCGCUUGCUAAGGCGAGAGAAACAAUGGCUAGUAUCGACAGUCAUAAUUGUUCAGUGUCUUCGAAUUUAGGAAAUCCUCCAUUGCACACAGAACCCAAACGAAAUAGUACAGCCCCAGCUGUUUCGUUUGAGGUGGAAGGUGUUGUUAUGCCUUUACCAGUAGAGAGUCACCUUUCUGAGCAUGACCAGGUCGUGACGCGUGAGGUGCUCGAAAGCUCCGAAGCUCUCCUUGCUGAUGAAUCAUUUAUGGAUCUCUCGGAGUACCUUAAUGAGAAGGAAGAGCGAUCUGCUGCUGAGAGAAGUUCGUUUGACACGUCGGAAGCUGACGUUUCAUUCGAGGAAAGAAGGACAGUUAAACGUCAAUCAGGUAACCCUAACAGUAGCCACCAUAGAAUAUCUUGUAAGCCCAUUUUGUAAACCGAAACGGCGUUUUGUUCCUCACCUCGGCACUUACCAAAGCAUUAUAUCCUGAACCCCUAGAAAGUGGUCAUUACAAUGCGAAGAGCUUGAAGGAUCCUCUUCAGCUCUCUUAUAUCCUGACAAAUUAUUUAUAUGGUAUCAGACAUGCUACUAUAGUACUAUAAUAGCAAUUUAGAUUGCAGCGCGCAGUAAACGUAAGAGGUUUAGACAAAAUCCGCUUGACAGUAAGCUGUCAACCAUAAAAUUGAAAUCAUUGAGAUACUGCAGGUGUGAAGAACAACUCCACUCGAAGUCUCAAGGCAAUAUGUUUUGCAUUUUUCUUUGUAUCCAGGAGUCGUGUUUGGUUCAAAUCAUAACCUAACGAGGCGUCACUCAUCUCCAGUAAGUAACUGUCUUUCUGUAAGUUUUGAAUCAUUCGAAACAAAAAGAAAGAAAGCAAAUACCCGUUUUAAAGUUUAAAACGGGUAUUUGUUUUCUUUGUUUGUUUGUUUGUUUGUUUUUUUUUGCGAUUUAAUUAUUAAUAACAAUAGUUCCACCAAUAGGUAGACAGAACUUCCGGACGGUCAAAAAAAUUGAGACUGUUUGGUAAUCCUUUUACUUUACCAAUACGUCUCUUGAAUCUCAAGGUGAUUUAUUAACAUUAGAUGUACGUGAAAAAAUUGGCAGGCGCGGUGUGAACAAUAUGAUCGUCUCAAUUUUUUACAGCACAUUUUUGGUUGCAUAGAUACGGAGUACCUCUUCAGCUGAAAAAUGCCAGUUUGGAUUGGCCAAAAUAAAGUUCUGCCCAUGGGCAGAUGGUAAACUACUAAGAAAAGUUAAAAUUCAACCUGGUUUGUCCGUUCCGUGUGAACAGAGCGACCAUAUUAGGCGGUUCCAUGUAAACGAAGUGUCCUAUCAAAUUAUUCAGCUGAUCGAAAAUUCGUGCGGUGCCGCAGUGUGAAAGUACAGGGUUGGCACGCACCUUGAAAAUCCUUGAAAGUCCUUGAUUUUUAAAAUAAAAAUUCAAGGCCUUGAAAAUUGCAGUCGGCGCUGGAAAGUCCUUGAAUUUCAAUGCUUAUACCACUACAUGAGAAAUUUCUGCAAUCUGAUUGGCUUAGAGCAGUGGUAUUUCAGCUUAAUUUGAAAUACCUACAUCUGAAAAUUACAAACCUUUUGCGGCUAGUGGUAAAAACAGAUAAUAGCAUGAUUUGUACGUGAUAUUUGGCAAAAAUACCACUCGUGAUAUUUCAAAAUUGUCUCAAAUUUCACUCGCCUAACGGCUCGUGAAGUUAAGUAUAACAAUUUCGAAAUAUCACUCGUGGUAUUUAUGCAAAAUAUCACUACAAAUCAUGCUAUUACCUUUACUAACUCAGUUUUAAAAAACUGAAGUUGAUUUUUCCUAUUUUAAUACGGCAUUAAAAAUCUGCCGUUAUCGACUGAGUUUCUAAAGCACAUUGCCUAUCCAGCAUAAGAGAUCCAAAGCUGACGUUUUAUGCACCAGCCUUUCGUCUGCGGUAUCCCUUCGGGCUCGCUUUGUAGAGGGGCAAGCCAAAUGUCAGCUUUUGACUUUUAUGUUAACGGUUUAUCAACUCACUAUUAACCCCAAUUUUUAUAUUCCACCCCCUCCACCUCCCCAACCCCAAACCAACUACUGACGGCAGCAAAUUUCUUUAAAAACAAGCCCUUGUUAGGGUAAUAAUGCGAUGUCAUUUUGUAGUGAAAUUUCAGUUGCAGUGUACCGAAGGCAUGUUCAGUUCACGAAAUGGAAUGAAACCUCGCACAACUACUCCGUCAGGUUAGUUUCAAAACGUACUUAAGCGAUAUUUGGGAAACUCGCUUUCAACUGGAAAGCUGCCUUAAAGUAAGAGACUGACUCAUAACAGUAAAUUGUAGUGGAACCACGGAGUGGAACAGCAUAGAGUAUGCAGUUUGUAAUGUGUAACUGGUUUGGCAUUGCUAUGGUUCUUUUCAGGUGUUUUACACGAUCGAAGGACAAGAUCAUUUAACACCCCCCUGCGGGCUCGGUUUGCCAGGGUCGAUAACGUACAGAGUACGAGUACUCAAAGGUAUUUCUCUGCUUUUAUUACUACUCUUACUCCUAGUAGGGCCAAAGAAAAGCUCACAAAAUCGUAAAAUUUUCCUUCUAAAAUUAGAAGAAAUAAAUAUUACCAUACAAAAGUUCUGCCUAAGAGGUUUUUAAUUGAAUGGUAACACUAUGGGAUUUCGUAUACCUAUGUAAAAGCUUUAGUGAUAAAUAAUCUUGUUAUUACGUAGUCCUGGAUUGAAUAGGUUAAUAAGAUCAUGGUAUUCCAUCAUCACUAGCGAUUUGCGAAGGUUUAUUAACUAAGUAAGGGUAAUUUUUUUUUACUUCUUCAUAGAAUAAACAAGUUUACAGAAAACUGAAGAAAUAAAAAGAAAAAAGGGCAAAAAUAGUGAAACUAAUAUCUUGCCCUAAUAGUUGGAAAAAUAAAUGGAUUCUUAAUUAACUGGAUAAAGUGGUUCCACGGAGCUAAAAGCGCGCGGCCAUCUUUGCUUCCCGCUGACCCGCAUAUAUAAGAAAGUGUAAAUGAUCUUGUUAAGCCCUUAACCUCAUCAACAAUAGAUGAGGUUGGGUGUAGGUGCUCUAUAAGAUGGUGGUGCCAUGCGCAAAAGAGGUAAACCCAACGUAUCUAAGGCAACCAGUGAGCGGCAACCACAGUGACUAACUAGAUCAGUGGAAAUAAAACACAGUACUCACUUACCUGGAAGGGAGGGAGGGACAGGGAAGAAAUCAGCACAACAGAGCUUAGACGCAAAACACUCUUAAUUGUGCAAUGAAGACCAGCAAUUUGAUCGCUGUAAAGUCAUCAAGUUCUUCAAUUUCCGUGGGGUUUCCCCGCGGAACGUGAGCCUCUACAAAAGUACCCGCUGGCCAGCAUUGUUUCGAGUUUAGCUUCUCAUAAAUUGCAUUUAGCCAUGAAAAAAGUAUGAACAGACUGUUAGUGAACGCGGUAUGGAGUAUUUUAAAGACCUUUGUCAGGAACUAACUUUGGCAUUUUGUUGUGGAAAAUUUAGGGGCCACAUUGACACAGAUUGUAACGGCUCCCCAAGGUCAUCACAAGCUGUGACAACUAGCGGCUUGAAGCCCAAAUCAUUCAAUGUUCCAAGAACAAGCACUCCGAUAAAUUCUCCAGCAUGCCGCAGAAUGCGUGGACCACGGCCGCCAUUUGUUACGCCUUAUCGAAAGCAGGUUGUCAGCAGGAACGUCUCCCCGCUGGUUCGCUGUACAGCUCCUGGACGUCCCAUCCUCGAGCCAUUGGAGAGCCCGGGAGCCGCAGACGUGGAGCCUUCUUCGAAAAAGCCAAAGAUUUCAUCCCCUAACACCACAUGUAAUUCGAAAAGUAGAGCAGAAUUAUCCGAGGUUGGUUUAGUUUUUACUUCGUGAUUUGUGUCUAAUUAGCAUUAAGCUUACAGCAAGGUUUCGUUCACACGGCAGCGGACGAAUUUUCGACCGGCUGAAAAUUCAUGCGGUUAGGUGCUCCGUUUACCCGUAACCACCGGAACUGUACCAAAAUUAAGACGCCUAGCUGUUCAAAGUUCCUUUGAACACAGUUAGUUGGUUAGUAUGGUCAAGUGCUAGUUCGGAGAUGGAUUCUCCCUCGCCAGUCCCUUUGGUCUAGCGCUGUCGUUCCGGGUUCUCCGAUAGUGGCGAACCCGGUGUCCUCAAGCAGAGUGUGUACGUAUGUGGUCCUGGGACUUCCUCUCUUACUUUGUCCGUGUUGUGGCUGUCACAACACAAGCUUCGAUGCCUCCUUUUUUUGUCUAACACGAUGCCAAGCUACUCCCUCUAGAAACUUUUGGGAGUUUACCGUACAGAUCUUUAUUAAUUUUGUGAAGUGGUCCCUCCAAGAAACGUUUGGUGCUGUGCAAAGCAUUCUACUGUAGGCACCAACAAUUUGCUUUUCAGUGCUUCUUCUUAGAGUCCAUGUUUCGCUGCCGUAAAG